AUGUACGCUCACGCUUUUGCGCCUUCCCCGCGGAGCCGGUCUCCCAUCAUAUCCAGGAGCUGGCUCCGACGUCGGCGGGCGGUCGCCGUAAGCACCGUCAUAAUACUUCUUCUGUGGCAGACGCUGCAUUCGUCCAAGGAUCGCGGGAAGUACCCGCAGUGGAAGGACUCGUACGCGCCAGAAGGACCGCAUGAACAGAGCCGGCCGCCACUGCCGCAGCAGCGGAUCCUGGUAGAUAUCGAGCUGUCACGGCCCCAGGGAAAAUACGGCCGGCCGUGGAGAGCCCCCGCUAAGCACAAAGAGCUUCUCGACGAUGACGACGAGCACGACAACGGCGGCCUUCACGACGCACAGACGGGAUCGUGGAACCCGGACGGGUCGCUGUACGAAUUCCCCCCAUAUCAGGCGUGGCUGGACCUCGACGCAAAGGCCGACACGCUGCCAGAUAUACUGCACAUUCCGCUCGAGGAGUCCGUGCAGGAGGAGACGCUGGAGGGCUGGGAGGACGAGUGGUUCAGCCAAGCGACGUAUGACCGCGAGGUCUGGGGCACGAUGCAGGAGCCGCGGGUCGACUUCAUCUACACGUGGGUCAACGGCAGCCAGGAGGCCUUUGUGCGGACCAUGAGGCCGUACGAGCUCAACUCGACGCUCAACGACGCGGACGGGGAGUGGCUGCUCAGCCACGGGUCGAACCGGUACCGCAGCUGGGACGAGCUGCGGUACUCUGUGCGGUCGGUCGAGAAGUACGCGGCCAGCUUUACCAACAAGAUCCAGAUCGUCGUCAACGCCGUCGACGAGAGCAGAGACCCGGGCGUGCGGCGGUACACGAAGCAGCGGCCGCUGUGGCUCAGCGAGGCGGCCGAGACGGCGGGCCUGGUGGAGGUGCUGAGCCAGGAGGAGUUCUUUGGCGAGGAGGAACGGGCGGCGCUGCCGAGCUUCAACUCGCUCACCAUCGAGUCGCAGCUGUAUAAUACCCCCAGCGACAUCGACCGCUUCUUCGCCCUGUCCGACGACAUGCUGCUGGGGCGCACGCACGCGGCGUCGGACGUAUACUCGCCCCUGUUCGGGCCGAUCCUGGGGUUCAAGCCCAACGGGUACAACACGAUGACGCCGCCAGACGAGGUCGACGCGCGGCGCUUCGGGGAGAAGCCGUACCUGAUCUACACGUCGUGGAUGCUGAACCGGCGCUUCGGCCUGCGCAAGCGCGACGGGCAGGCGCACUUUGGGCACUCGAUGUCGCGGUCGAUAUCGCGCGAGGUGCGCGACAGCUUCCCGCGGCCGUCGCUGCGGUCGGCGUGCCAGCGGUUCCGCGGCGAGACGGGGUUCCAGCUGUACACGUGGUACGCGGCGUUCCACUACACGGUCGAGCGGCACCGCGAGGCGCUGCUGUACUCGUACGUCGUGCUGCGCUCCGACACGGACGGCAACGGCAACCUCGGCUGGCACGAGCGGGCGCAGAUGAUGCGCGAGCUCGAAGAGGGCAUGCAGCACGAGGACGACGAGGGCUUCCGCGAUAAGAUAUACCGCAACGUCGCGGAACACCUCAACGCCGCGGGGCUCGAGCCGCCAAGGGCAAACGUCGAUCUGCAGUGGACAUCGCUCGACGGGCCCAUGGCGAUCCGCGACAUUGACUGCCUCGAGUUCGACGUCAACGAGUGCCUCGCGCCCGCCUUCUCGAGAGAGGCCGCGGAUGCGCGCCACCCCUCGCCCGUCUUCAACACGGCCAGCGUCUUUGACCGCGUCGCCCGCCAGGACCCCAUCUGCGGCGACUGCCUGCUCAAGCUGCUCCUCAACCGCCAGCCCGCCGGGCUCGAGCCGCUCCUGCCCCCGCACGAGACGAUGCAGGGCCACCGCGAGAUGAUCCUCAAAGCCCUCAAGCGGUACCAGUACUCGGUCAUUGACCCGGACGGGCUCUUCUUCAUGAUCACGGACGCCGAGCAGGUCCAGUCGGAGCUGACCGACCAGCUGCUUGGAGGUGGUGGUGGCGGCAAGCGCCGCGAGGUCGGGCAGCUCUGUUUCAACGAUGAUGUCGUCACCAACGACGAAUUCGAGCUGCAGGCCUUGAAGCAGGCCAUGAAGAACUUGUUCCAGGGCUUGCUGCCGGAGCCAAGCAGGUUUGAGAGUGAUGUUCUGUAG